AUGGAGUUCAUACUUCUAUCACUCCUAUUCUUCGGGAUAGUUCCAUUUCUUAUAUCCCCAUUCGCCUAUCACCCUCGCCGUGAUCUAGAGCUUGCCGUUCACCUGGACCACUAUCAAUCUGAGAAUUUUACAGUCAAAUUUUCCUAUAUUCUAAUUGAAACCCACCUCCAUCACGAUACAGUACUCUGUGUUGAAAACCUAGUCAAUGCAAAUGUCUCCAUUAAGCUAUGGAAUUUCGAUGGUCCUGGUGCUGAUCGAUAUUUUAACAUUAGCCAGAGAUUUACGGAAAUCGAAAAUCACGAUUAUGAGCUCCGUCAAGAACUGGUGCGGAAUGGAAUUGGGAUUACUGUAACCGCCAACUAUUCCACUGCCGAUGGGAUUCUGAUAUUCAAAAGAUGUCGUCGUGACGUUUUUACUUCUCUUGAGAAUAAUGAAACAUCAUCCUUGGUACCAUUCACAAGUUGGGACAAUGCGAUCCACGUGCCAUUCGAUGUCAGCUAUCUCAAUAGUACCACGGAGUACGUCGAUUUCUCCACAAUCAUGCCAAGACGUUUUCUGAGAAUCAAUGACUGGACGCGACGAGGCUUCUGCUUGAACUUUACCAUCAACGAUCAUUUGAAAAUUGAAAUGUCACGAUGCAGAAACUCGCAACCGUUUACCAUUAUGAUUUCACGGCUUCAAAGUACACAAGUCAUACGGUACUGGGAGGCAAUUUUUAAAGCGGACACGCUGUGUCCAAUUGAUGAGGAGUCACGACCGGAUUAUUUCUGGCUUAAAAUCAUAUCCACGGGCCAUGUUGGAGUCGGAGACUUGGUUUUUUUCAACUGUCACCACUUCUGGAUCAGAAACCAUGGAGACGAGGAUUAUCCUUACGCUGAAAAAAUGAAAAUUGUACCGACCAUUGACAAACCAGACGGACGUGUCUGGAGUUUUGACUAUGUUGUCUCUCCAAACCGUCGGAAUCCAUACUUUUCUCCUGCCAAACAUCUCAUUGAUACAGCUCUUGUCACGGGUACGCCACUCCACCUUCAUCUGGAAAAGCAACUUCCGCACACUCUGUCAUUCAGUGCUUGCUACAAUAGUCCCAGGUACCCGAUUAAGCUGAAAGGAAACGUGGUGACUAUCGAGAAGCAAAUGUUGCAAACCCUCUCGGAUUCCACCAACAUCUUUGACUGUGAAGAGGAGAAGACAGUACCCGGAUUCUAUAUCAGUGUGGGAGCUGACAAGGAUAGUGUGAUGGGAAACGCCUAUUUCUAUCUUGAUGAGAAGCAGAAUGGCGCGGAGACUCCAGAAGGGAAAUUGAAGAACGAUAUGUUCACCACUGUUGCCUUCAACUUGAGAAAAGGAAAUAAGAUUUCUAGGAAUGUGGAUAUUCAAAGAUUGGUUAUUGAAGGACUCUACAACUCUCGAGUCAAUCUUCAUCACUAUUUUAAUUGCACUGGGCUUGUUCAACUCUCCAUCAGUCGUUGUGAAUUCACCCCAAAACUCCAAUUGUUUGGUCCUAGGAACUCCGGAUCCGCUGUUUUCGACUCACCAACUCUUGCCUUCAUCGAGCAACUGUACAACCGGACUGACUGUCUUACAGACUUCCAAAUGGACCGUGAAGAAUACUUUUCGGAUGACAGAUACGGAGUCUACUUGCACAUUGAAGCUCUGGAGGACUCGAUUGGAUAUGUUGCUCUGUACGAAUCAUUUUCUGCAAGAAUGAACUACUAUGAGCUGACUGAGGAAUACGAAGAAGCAACUUACGACAAAAGAGUAAUCCAAUCAUUCCACGUGUUCAAUGCCACUAAGUACAUCUCAUCAUUUGCUAUAUCCCAUCUAGUCAACCGUGCCCAAAUCAAACCAGCUAUGUCUCUCCGUUUCUUUGUUGACAGUACCGGACCACUCCAGCUAGCCAUUUCUGAAUGCAAAAAUGAUGAGAUCAGAGAAUGGAAAACUGUCGGGUCCACCAACGGAAGUGUUAGUGCUUGGUACACAUUUGACAAAGAAGGCCUUGAACUGUUGUCGGCUUUUUCCCAAUCGCUUAACUGCUUCAACAAGAGAUACACCCAAAUCUUCGUACACAUCAAGUCCGAAGCUAACAUCUAUGUUAAUCUUGAGUUUUCAAUCUGGAAUGGAACCGAUUUGAAUCAAGUCAGCACUUGUGACAUGGAACGCGAACGCUCAGAGUCUCUUCAACUGAAAAAUGGUUCUUUACGACAGGAAAUGCAAAUAUUGCUUGUGGAAAUCGCCAUGGUUGUAGUUAUAAUUCUAGGAUUCACUGCAAUGCUCUACAUCUCCCGAAGAGUGAUUCCAGUUUAUCAGCCGGUUGUUGUGACUGAAACCUUUUUCAAGACGUCUUCCGUGGAUUUGUCUGAACGUAGCAGCACUGUGUGA